AUGGGAUGGUUUGGAAAGUCCAGCACCCCUGACCCAACGUCAAGACAUGACCGUCAACAGUGUUGGGAAAGUCGGGACGCGUAUUUCGCGUGUUUGGAUCGCGCGCAAGUGGUCAAGCCUGGAGACGAAGGGGGCGCAUGUAGGGACACUUUGAAGACGUACGAGCAGAACUGCGCGAAGAGCUGGAUUGACUACUUCAACAAACGUCGAGUGCUGGCGGAGCAGCAGAAGGGCGUUCUUGCGCAGGCUGCAAACCAGGCCAACGCAUACAAGAGCUCAUGA